AAAUUAAUAAAAUGGCCGCAAGAUGUAAGUGCAAUCGGUGGUAGAACGUAAACAAUUUGUCUAGAAAAUAAUUUGCAUUAAUUUUAAGAUAAUGGUCGAUAUUUUUCGGGUGUUUGCGUUAUUGUUGCGUUUUUAUCGAUUAUUGGUGUUAAGCUGAUCACAGAAUUAAGAAAAAGAUGAGUAAUUAAAUGCACUUAUUAAGAAAGGUGUUGGUGAAUCUCGUCGUUCUUGCUGUUCUUUUGGUGGUACUUUAUUGUUAUCAAACAUCAUCAAACGUUUCACGUUGGAUCGUGGGUCAGGGUGAAAAUCGAAAUGUUGAAAAAUCUACAAACGAUGAAUUCAUUUCAACCACCUUAAAGGAGACCAAUAAUUUAUUUGUCAACAUAACCUCAACGACAAUCACUUUUCCAAUUCCUACUAUAACUAACACAUAUCAAAAUAAAUUGUUUUACAAUGUUUGGUGUAUAUUCACCAAAGUCGGUACCAAUUCACCGAUGCGAAAAAAAUUUCACGUUUUUACGGAAUCCUUGCUUGCAUUAGCUACCGUGGAUAUCGCUUUUCAUGUGAUAACUGAUGAUGAUAGUCAUACCAUUGCGGAUACCAUAGUGCAAAAUGUUAUGUCGACUACUAACAAAACUAUGAAAGUGCAAUAUUAUAACGUACACGAGCUAGCUCAACAGUUGGAGGAUAUAGUUUCAGUCAUGUCGCCGCAUUUCAGUAGCAAACCUGGGACAUACUACUCAGAUGCACUUUUCUUUCUAUCUCUCGGCUUGCAUAGAAUAGCUCCGCCUGAUCAAAAACUAGCAGCUAUGUUUGAUGCAGAUACAAAGUUUUGUAAAGAUGUUAAAGAAUUGUUUAAAGAGUUUGAUAAUUUUGGGGAAGAAGCUCUCUUUGGUUUAGCCCCAGAACUAAGUCCUGUAUAUCGGCAUGUUUUGUACUUAUAUCGUAGCAGACACCCAAAGACCAUGUUCGGAGAAUCACCUCGUGUGGGUGGUUUUCCUGGUUUUAAUAGUGGUAUGAUUCUAUUUCAUUUAGAAAGAUUACGUAAGUCUUCCUUGUACGAAAAAAUUGUUACUAAAGACAGCGUCGAUGCUAUGACUAAUAAAUAUCAUUUUAAGGGUCACCUGGGGGAUCAAGAUUUUUAUACAGUAUUAGGUAUGGAACGACCCGAAUUAAUUUAUAACAUUGACUGCGGCUGGAAUAGGCAAUUGUGUACGUGGUGGAGGGAUCGUGGUUACUCUGACGUAUUCAAUAAUUAUUCUCUCUGUAAUUCGGAAACUAAAUUAUGGCAUGGGAAUUGCAAUACUCCUAUACCUGAUCAUUAAGUAUUACAAAUUCUAAAUAGUGCCUUGUAUUAUUCAAAAAGUAUUGGGAACAAAAUAUCGCGAAUAGUUUAAUUAUUUGUUUAAUCUGUGAUACAAACUAAAGUAUAUUUUUUCUUGUUGAGUGGCAAUAUAUAAUCCAGAAACUUCCAAUUAUAUUAAAAGAAAAGAAUCUUUUUUAAUAUGCAAUAUUUAAAUCUUGCAAUUUACACUAAUGUUAAUUAUUAAAAGAAUAAUUAUUGUAUUUUUAUGGUGCAUACAAAAUAUUUAUCGUGUUAAUACUUCUUUUUUAUAAUCAAGUAUGUAAUGCUUGAUAUAAUUAUAAAUAUUGUAAUCUUAUAUAUGUUAUAAUGAUAUUUUGUAUCUGUUAUUUUUCUAUAAGUUGUAAAGUACAGUUAGACUAAGUUUCAAUAAGAGAAUAGAUAGAUAAAUUGCCUGGAAUAUAAAG